AUGAAGAUUUUUGCCGCUUUUUCGCUCACGCUUGCAGUAAAAAAUCCUGAUCUUGGACUGAAUUAUCAGCCAAAAUGCAACUCCUGCACGGGCUCGUCAUAUGCCGAUUGCUUUGUGAACGUCUGGGAAGAGUUUUGUAGAGAUGAUAAGGUUUGCCAGGUUCAAGAGAGAAGGAGAGGAGGGAUCGUUUACUCGGUCGAAUCUGGGUGUAAGCAGGUCAUGACUUGCGUCAACAAUCGACUGAAUAACAAAAAAGAAAGCGGACAAGAUAGGCUCACAGAAUGCACUCAGAAAAUUAAAGAUGGGAACGAAGCUGAAAUUGCCUCGGUGUGCCGACAGUGCAUGCACCCUGACGGCACAUCUGGAACCCUUUUCAUGCAAAAAGUUUCCGCUACUGGCAACACAGGCUUGCCACUUUCAGGUUGGAUGGAAGAAACGCUCGACUACACUAUCUAUCCUGAACAAACGUUGCGAAAAAUUGUUCAAAGUAUCAAAUAA